UAAUUUCGCUUUUUAAGCCCAAAAACAAAUCAAAUACAUGACUUAAACCUCGUAUUCUUCUUCUAGCGUUCUGUACUAAAGUUCCAUAACGUCGGAGCGUAGCGGUCGCGUUAUUGCCGUGAUGAGCGCUCGUAGAAGAGUUUUAUUGAUAUUGUUUAUUAAUCGUAUUUUGUGACAGUGGAAAUGAUUCGCACGUACAAACGGAAGCAGCUGGAGUGCCGGUACAUCGAGGGCGUGAUGGGGCUGUGCCGGCUCUGCCUUGGGCCCGCCGAGGCGGCCGUGCCGAUAUUUACUGAAGACCCCGAUAAUAUCUGCUCGACGCUCGCUAUGAGGAUUAUGAUCUGUGUCGGUUUGGAUGUGAAACGCGACGACAACCUCCCAAACCUAGUGUGCGUAACCUGCAACAGAGAUCUAGAACACUACUACGCUUUCCGGAAGAAGUGUGAACUGUCAUAUCACAGACUGAAGUCACAUCUCCAAGCGUCUCGCAACCGGCAACCAAUUGAAACUGUUACAGAGAAUGAGGGGAUAUUGAAAGAGAUGAUUAAUCAGGACGAGAAUAUGAACAUCAGUGAGUUUGGGUUGGAGAUCGGUGAGGAGUCGGAGAGCAAGGCGGAGCCAGAGUCGGUGAUCGGUGAUGUGCACACGGUAAAUCCUGUUCAGCAAGAUACAGAAGUUCCUCAGGAAGAGUGCCGCGUGAUGCUUCCCGGUGAAGUAAACACUCUCAUAACAUCGGUUCUCGUGAAGCUUGGUAUCCUGUCGCAGCGGGAUGACCAGCUAGCAGUGCUCCGGGAAGAUGUGUCAAGGUUGCAGCUUGAGGCCGGGGACGGGGCGGUGGUCAGGAUGGAGUUAGUCGAAGAGGAUGACGAGUUAGAGGCAGACAAGCAGGAUUAUUUAAUAGAGAUAUCCGAGGCUCCUGAGCCGGUGGAGGCUCCGAAGGCAACCAAGGCAGGUUUCCAGCGACAGGCCAAGCUCAUCGAACCGAAGCCUACCAUUGUUGAACCCAAGAAAAAGACUAGCAAGAUCCACACGAACAUAGGCGCCAUGGGGUGUCCAACCUGCGGGCGGGUGCUCGCGUCGCGGUCGGCGCUGCAGCGCCACCAGCGCACGCACUCCGGCGAGCGGCCCUUCCCGUGCCCGCACUGCCGCCGCCGCUUCGCACAGAAGGAGGUCAUGCACCGACACAUGCUGGUGCAUGAAGCGGUGCGUCCACACAAGUGCUCAGCGUGCAACAAGAGUUUCACUCAACGCAACGCCCUGCACCUGCACGAGCGGUCUCACCUCCCCCCACACGAGAGGGCGCUGGCGCUGCACAGUUGCCCACACUGUCCUAAACUGUUCCUGUAUUCUUCAGGUCUUUCACGCCACAUGAUGACGCACUCAGGACGCGUGUACGUCUGCGGCGCCUGCCGGCGACAGUUCGCAGACAAAAGUUCCGUCUUACGUCAUCAUAGAGCCCGACACGCGCAUCUAGAGGAACCCGACGAACCCGAGUGCGUAGAAACUGAGAACGCGCCCACUGAAGAUGAAAACACAUAGCGGGACUAAUUAUAUUGUGACAGGUACGCGUAUGUUUAGGAAACCCGACGAACCCGAUGGUGUAGAAACUGAGAACACGAUUAAU